AUGGGGAGAAUCAAGAGUCUCUGCUUCUUGGCUGUUGUACUAGCAGCGCUAGGGCCGAGCCUUUGCUCGGGCGAAGACCUGCAGGGUUCGCAGGAUACCUCCGUGAAGAGCCGCAUCGACUGCCACCCGCAGCCCGGCGCCUCCCAGGAGGGAUGCGAAGCAAGGGGCUGCAUCUGGAGCUCCACCGAGGUGCCGAAUGCCCCCUGGUGCUUCUUCCCAGAAGACAGUCCCUACGGCUAUUCCCUAGCUGGGAAUGCAGAAAAGACAACUAAAGGCUUGAGUGUUUAUGUUCUGGGAGCUGUGGUGAUUGGCAUUAAAAAGUGUUUCUCUCGCAGGGUAACACUGAACAAACUCCAGAAGUUGUCGCUGUUUGGAAAUGACAUUUCUCCCGUUGUCAUAGAUGUGGAGUUCCAGAAAAGUGACAGACUCAGGUUUAAAAUAUAUGAUCCUAACAGUGAGAGAUUUGAAGUUCCACUCCACAUUGAAUCCCCCUCUGUUGCUGCUGCUGACACCAAAUACGACGUUGAGUUUGAUGAUGUUACUUCUCACUUCACUAUCAAGAGGAAAAGCACUGGCACAGUGCUGUGGGAUGCAUCCCUGGAUGAUCUGAUUUUUUCCAACCAGUAUCUACAGAUUACAACUACAGUGCCAUCCACCUCGGUGUAUGGGUUUGGUGAACAUGAACACCCGUCCUUCAAACACAGCAUGGACUUUGCUACCUAUGGCAUGUUUAGCAGAGAUCAGUCACCAGCGCCAUUUGCCAAUCUUUAUGGGGUUCAUCCUUUCUAUUUGUGUGUAGAGACUGACUCCAAUGCCCAUGGUGUUCUCCUGCUGAAAAACAAGGUAAGAAGAUAUGUGGAUAUAUGGACUACAUACAUAUACAAAGAUGCUAGGUCAGUAAAUGUAAACGUUUCUUUGAGUCCAAAUCCAUCCCUAACUUUCCGCACUAUUGGAGGCAUCCUGGACUUCUAUAUGUUCCUUGGACCCACGCCUGAAAAUGUAAUCCAGCAGUACACAGAGGUUAGUGGAGCAGUGUGUAUAGCGUAUGGAGUGGCGCCUGCUAACGAGCUCCUGUUAGCAGCUGGUAGCGUUAUCCGAGAGUUCAAGCAGAGCUUCGUCCUGCGGGCUUCACUCAAAGCUGCACGUGGUCACGUGGCGAGGCAGGAUGUUCAGCAUGCUGACAUUGAUUACAUGGAACGUCGUCUGGACUUCACCUAUGACAAAGAAAAUUAUGCCGGUCUGCCAGAGUACAUUAAGCAGCUGAAGGAAGAAGGAAUGCACUAUGUCGUGAUUCUGGAUCCUUUCAUAAGUAAGGAUGAAGAACCAGGUACUUACAGGCCUUAUGAUCUUGGAGAAGAAAUGGGAGUUUGGGUGAAUAAUUCCGAUGGUGUAACUCCUGCUGUUGGAAAGGCUUGGCCUGAUGGAUAUUCUGUGUUUCCUGACUACACUAACCCCAGGACAGUUGAGUGGUGGACUCAGUUGUGUUUGGAGCUGAAGGAUGUCCUUGACUACGAUGGGAUCUGGAUUGAUAUGAAUGAACCAUCCAAUUUUGAAAGAGGCCAGUAUCCCGGAUGUGCUGAUAAUGAGAUCAAUAACCCUCCUUACAUUCCUAGCAUUUCUGAUCGUGCCCUGGCUGAGAAGACCUUGUGUCCUGAUUCCAAGACGUACCUGGGAGACCAGUAUAACACACACUCUCUCUUUGGCUGGUCACAGACCGCACCGACUUUCCAUGUUACCCAGAAAGCUACUGGAAAGCGAGCGUUUGUCUUAAGUCGAUCUACGUUCGUUGGAAGUGGGAAACACGGGGGUCACUGGCUCGGUGACAACUUUUCAGAGUGGGAAGACCUGCACCAGUCAAUCAUUGGAAUUCUGGAAUUUAACCUCUUUGGGAUUCCCUUUAUUGGUGCUGAUAUCUGUGGGUUUAACUAUAACACUACCUAUGAACUCUGCUUGCGCUGGAUGCAACUUGGCUCUUUCUAUCCAUUUUCCAGAAACCACAAUGCAGAGAAAAACAGUGAGCAAGACCCAGCAGUGUUUGGAGCAGAGUUUGCUGAGAUAUCUCGAGACACACUCCGGAUCAGAUACUCGCUGCUGCCGUAUUUGUACACCUUAUUCUACGAGUCUCAUGUUCAUGGGAACACGGUGGCACGGUCACUGAUGCACGAAUUUACCUCUGAUCAGCAGACUCAUGACAUAGAUACAGCCUUCCUUUGGGGAUCUGCUUUUAUGAUUGCUCCAGUUCUUCAAGAGGGCGAUAGAGUGCCAGCAUCCUGGCUCAAGAACUACGCCACUGUCGAUGCUCCAUUGAGCAAGAUCCCCCUGUUCCUGCGCGGAGGCUACAUCCUGCCAAGACAGGCACCGGCCACAACAACAACUAGGAGCCGUCUGAACCCAUUUGGGCUCACUAUUGCCCUGGAUGACCAUGGAGAAGCUUCUGGGUCGCUCUUCUGGGAUGAUGGCGAUUCGAUUGAUACUAUUGAAAAUGGAAUCUACUUCUUGGCUAAAUACACAUUCAAAAAGGGAAAACUGAGGACAGAAAUAGUUCACAAUGGCUACCGCGGGGCUGACUCUCUGAGCUACAACACUGUUACCAUCCUUGGUCUGAAGCGGAGGCCUCAUGCCGUUGCUCUGAAUGGAAGGGCCAUCCACGGAGCUACAUUCUCUUAUCAGACAAACGGG